UGAGUGUUGUAUGUAUUGCGUCCCUCCCUUGUGUACACACCACGUACGGCGGCGACGCUUCUUCGUAGGUUGCGUGUUGCCGGAUCCGGUUUCUCCGGUCCUGCUGGGGUCUGGCUGUGUUGACGCUUGGAAAAUGCUUGCUUUUUAGUGUACGUUUAACGCUGAUCGAUAGAACAUGUGCGUUUUUGUCCUGAAUUUCGUUGUCGUCGGCGGUGGCGGCCAGUUUUAACAGUUUUUCCUAAUCUGCUAAACGCUUUUAUCCAUCUCGUUUCGAACUCGGGUUCUCGCUCGUUUGCUCGCUCACUCGCUUACUCCGAUCCGUGAACAUUCUACGCGUGGAUGCCCGUGCAGUGCGUGGAGCCGUCGCGAUUUGUUAUUGUUCUUGCUGUUGUUGUUCUUGGGGUUCUCGCGUUGCCGAGUGUUGAAGUUGCAGCCGAUGCGUUGUCAUCGCCUGCUUUGUGACACCAAGAUCGAGUGGAAAAUCGCCGUCGCUUGCUGAGUGAUUGACCUGGAAGAAAAAGAUGAUUUUCUGUUUGUGAGUGCAACAGUGAUCAGUGACACGUGAGAUUGUCAAACGCUGGUGAAAUUACUGGAAAUUGAAGAUCACACGUGAACAAGUGAAAAUGCAACAGUAGCAGUGACGGUUGAUGGAUUAACGUGAGAAGAAGCAUUCCAAUUGUGAUAACUGAGAGAGUGACCGAAUUGUGAAAUUCAAAACAUACGAUCAAGUGAGUGAAAUCAUUUGACAGAGCAGAGAAAAUCAAUACAACCGUGUGACAGUGAGACAGUGCCGUGCGCCGAUCCGUGACCAUAUUUUUUCGAGACCACGUCCGCCAAAAGCAGUCAAAAUCGUGCUCCAGUGGCAUAUUCCGGGCGAAAGCCCAUUCGAGCUCACCAAGAUUAGUAGCCUAUCGGAUAUCACCGGCGGAGGCGGCGGCAUGACGGUACCGGUGCAGCGAAACUCGAUGGCCGUGUUGCAGCCGCCACGGUCCCGGUUCAUGAUCAACGAUAUCCUGGCCGGAAGCCAUCAUCACAGCCAGCAUCCAGGGAGUCACCAGCAGAAUGGCAAUGGCGGCGGGGGUGGUGGUGGAGGUGGUGCGGACAGUAUCAACGGAAGCAGUAGCGAAGGUCGGACGCCCAGUCCGGGGCCGCGGGACCUGAGCAUAGUGCCGGGGGGACACCAUCUGGGGCAUCAUCCGGGAGCCGGCGGGUUGACGCCGGGAGCACAGCAUCACCUAGGCCUGCAUCAUCAUCAUCACCAUCACCUUCACCAUGGUGGUCACAUGGUGGACGACGAUGUCAAGAGUGAAAGUGACAGCGACGACAGCGGGCCUCUGGACAGCUCCAGCGUGUGCAGUAACGGUGGCAAAGACGAGGACGGCAACAGCAUAAAGAACGGUCUCGGCCUCGGCGGAUCGUCCGGACUGAGUAAAAAGCAGCGGAAAGCACGCACGGCUUUCACCGACCACCAGCUGCAGACGCUGGAGAAGAGCUUCGAGCGGCAGAAGUACCUGAGCGUGCAGGACCGGAUGGAGCUGGCGAACAAGCUGGGCCUGAGUGACACCCAGGUCAAGACGUGGUACCAAAACCGAAGAACCAAAUGGAAACGGCAGACGGCCGUGGGACUGGAGUUGCUGGCGGAAGCCGGAAAUUACGCUGCCUUCCAGCGGUUAUACGGCGGGCCGCCGUACCUGGGCGGGUGGCCAUAUCCGGCUCAGGCCGGUCCCCCAGGAGCUCCUCAGAGUGCAGUGGACGCGUACUAUCGGCAUGCGGCGGCGGCAGCUGCCCUGCAGAAACCCCUUCCGUACCGAAUCUACCCGGGAGUUCCGGGACUGGGCACGCUGAACACCAUCCCGGGUCCAAGCGCACCGUUCCCGCACCUCUCGGCGUCCACGUCGCUGUCCACGCUGAGCAGCUACUACCAGGCGAGCAGUCAGCAGGCGGCGGCGGCAGCGGCAGCCGCUGCGGUCGCUUCCCAGAACACUCCCGGAAGUCCCGGAGUUGGCGCCGGAAGCAACGGCAGCGCCGGCAAUCAGACCAACAGCGGCAACGGCAACAACAUCCACGGUAGCACCAGUAGUCUAAGUAGUCAACCCCGGCGGUCUCCGAGUCCAACGCUCAACCCCGGAAGCCCGCCGGGCCGGUCCGAGAGCAAUCCGCCCAGCGACGACGAGGACGAAAACAUACAGGUCUGAGAGCCCGGUGUGAUACCGAAGAGGAACGAGGAACACUCAUAUACGUAUACAUAUAGGAUCUUAACUGCGUAAGGAAGGAACAUAGUGAUUAUUAUUUUUAAUAGCAUUUAUUUAAAGCAGAUAUUAUUUUUUUAAACUGAGGGAUAACUAGCGAAAUCUGAGGAGGCGAUAAGCCGCCCGCGAUCGGUGACGCUUGCAGUUGAUCGAACUGAUGCACAAAACGAAAGACCCCUCGGUCGAACUGUCAAACCCGUCAGCCCAGUGAGUUUCGAUCGAAGCUGAACAAGCGUCGCCGUUCGCGGCGGCAUCACUUCCUCGUCGUGGUUCCACUUCACAUGCGUGCGUACGUGCGUGCAUGCGGUGAGUGUGUGUAAAUAUAAUCAAAGCAAGCCGUUAGAAGGAAACUCGUGUAACAAUAGCAAACUCAACAGCCGAAGCAAAGCCUACUUGAACUAUAGUGAUUCUGUUUUCUGGUUUCCCCCUUUGUAAAUCGUCCACUUUGCAUCGUUAUUGUUGUCGGCCGCGCUGGUCUGACUUGACUAGUGGAAAUUGUGUACAGAUAAUGGUCAUAAAAAUCAUCGAACUGGGCUUAAGCCGACAACGAUAGCAGGCUGCAACGGUGGCGUCGUGAUGAGAACGGAAAGUUUAUUAACUGUAGCCUUUAAUUUAUGAGCCUUGGAGCCUCCAAAAGAAAGAGUAAUUAUUUAAUUAUUUUAUAAGUGUAAAAUUUGUACCCCAGAUUCCCCAUUUCUUCUCAAGAAACAAUGUUCUGUUGUUAGAUUUGACAAUUGUAUCUUUUGUUUGCGCUUCAACCAUGGUUGCUCAAUCCCGUGUUGUCGCGGAACGCGGGAAAACAAACGCCAACUGGAUCACUGAAAGGUCUCACCGAAGCAAACUCCGGCGAUUUUAGUGAUCCAUUGAACAAGAAUCGCAGAUAUCGCACUCACUCAGAAACAGCAGCAACAAACCGCUAGCAACAGAUUUGCCAAAUUCACUCACAAAAACUUAAAAAAAGAAACAGAACAGAUUUGUACAGGUGAACCGCAGUAUUAAACGGGGACGAGGCUGGAGACGGAACUUGACCGAACUCCAUCCUAGGUUUUACACUGAAAAGAUAACAGGUCAAAAUGAGCGAAGCGAUUUUAACCUCCAUCGAAAAAAACAGAAACUCAACAAGCGGGGAAAAACCGGAUAUAGUUAGUUAUUGAAAGUUGUACAUAAUAUUGAUUAUUAUAAAACACUUGAACAUAUUCCGUCUAACUGUAAGCGAUUGCGGAGCAGAGACUGUUCUCCCUUUUCCCCCUCCUGUAUUUGUCACACGCAUACACAACAAAAACUCACACACACACACACACCAUUCCGCUAGUAGGUAUUCAACAACAUUCCAAGAAAGCUUUGAAAAAGUGAAAAGAGUGAAUCUAGAUUCGCCCAACUGAAGGAGGAGGGAUGUCCUUGUGUAAUUAAAUAAAAAAUUGAAAAAAAAACUAUAAACUAAAACUUGUUUACAACAAACACACAUCUAUGCAAACUCUGGAAGGAAGACGAUGACUGGACGAUGAAUGGAGAGCAUUAGCGGCAAAUAAACAUGAAAAUUUUAUUGAAAAACAAGC